CUGAUCCAUUGACUUUUUUUCUCCUCAAAAUCUUACGCACGGUCCAACCAACCCACUUCUUCUUCCCCCCUCCUUCCUUCCUACUACCUUAUACUUUCCCACUACGCCGAUUUAAGCUGGGUUUGUAAAAACACUGGUACAACGUUUUUCACCCCCAGCCUCCCUACCCUGGCCAAUCAAUCUCACCAAUCCAAGGUCGACUUGAAUAUCUACUGGACCAAAAAGCUCAAUUUGUUACAUCACCACGCGCACCAAAAUCCAUUCGACCUUUGCGCCUGUGUAAACAAUACAUCCCAAGGUCCCUUAUUUUUUUGUUUCCUUUUUUAUUCUCCGCCGUCGGGAAGCCUGUCGAAGCACCGUGAUACUCGACGAGGGAGCAAUCCUCGGCAAACGAAAAAAGAGCCAAAAAAAGAAAGCCCACCGCUCGAACUGCUGCAUUCGCUGCAUUUGCUACCUAGCAACGUUAGGUAGCUAGUCUUUUGUGCGCGUGCAAUACCUAGUACCGACCAUCGCGCAAAGCAUUUCGUUUGCUCCGUCAGCCCCGGUCAAGCUUGUGCGUUCGUUUUCGCGCAACUUUUGAAAUAGUCGGCGAUCCUCUUUGAAUUUGCGCAAUUAAGGUUGUAAAAACGUCAUAAUGGACCAAUCUUCGUCGAGUCACCCCCAGUCAUCGCGAGGAGGAGCUGGGGCGACCGGUGUGUAUGAUAUAGCACACGGAGGUCAUUAUGGUGCCAGUGCAGCUCUUGCGAAUUCCGGAUUCGCACCCGCAGAGCUCUACACCGGCCCUUGGGCGAAUGUCCACCAAGGUCUUCAUGGCCAAUACAAGGACAUUCUUACUACAUACUGGCAGAACACAAUCAACCAUCUCGAGUCCGAUCAACAUGAUUACAAACUACACCAGCUCCCUCUGGCUAGAAUCAAGAAAGUCAUGAAGGCCGACCCCGAAGUUAAGAUGAUCUCCGCCGAGGCGCCCAUUCUAUUUGCGAAGGGAUGCGAUAUAUUCAUCACCGAGCUUACCAUGCGCGCCUGGAUCCACGCUGAAGAGAAUAAGCGCCGUACACUUCAGCGCUCCGAUAUUGCGUCUGCACUCGCGAAAAGCGAUAUGUUUGACUUCCUUAUCGACAUCGUCCCUCGCGAAGAGGCCAGCCACGCCAAGCGUACGAACCCCGCCCAGACACAAUCAUCACAAGGCGGUGUACCACCCGCCACACCCGGCAAUCAGAUCCCUGGCUCACACGGCUUACCUGGUGCCACGAAUCACAUGGGCGCCCCCGGCGACUACGGCAUGGGUGGCCAUGCUAUGGCGUCGGACCAAGAGUAUCGUGGCCCGCCUAUGUACAACCAGGUUCAGGCAGGCCCCGGCGGUCCUUACAGCCAGCAACCUACACAAGCCAUGUACGGUGACAUGGAGGGUAUGUACGGUUAUCCAGGCAUGCCUCAACAGCAGUAGGACAGCCGUGGGGCCUACUUGGGUGCCGCACCUCCUUUGGGAUGU